CAGUUCCCACACGGGGAACACUCUGUGUAAUUGAAGAUUUAUUGCCAAGGGGUGAUGAUGUACGGACUUUGAAGAAUAAUAGUAUUAGGAAGGCGUCAUUCCCAGCUGGUAAAAGGAUCCAAAUAUCAGCCAUCCAGUUUCCAUGACAUCCAAAAUUAUCUUCGCCUUUCUUUUCAUUUUAUUCCUUUCUUCUCAAUUGCAAUUCCCAGAAGCACAAACUUGGGUUAAAGCUGGUUACUGGUAUGCUAACGGUGAAUUUCCCAUACAAGACAUAAAUUCUGCCUUGUUCACUCAUCUUUCAUGCGCUUUUGCCCAAGUGAACACUUCAACUUAUCAGUUCUUUGUCCCCUCUGUCUCUGAACGAUACUUCUCAACCUUUACAAGCAUCGUCAAGCGAAGAAACCCGUCUGUUAAAACACUGCUGUCUGUCUGGAAUGGAAUCUCUGCAACAGGAAAAUCUAUAACUGGUGAAAAAGUUAAUGACUCAAUUUUAUCUUCAAUGAUCUCAGAGUCUUCUAGAAGGAAGUCUUUCAUUGAUUCUUCAAUAAAAACAGCUAGGCUUUAUGGUUUUGAUGGAAUAGACUUGUUCUGGGUUUGGCCUAACAGCACAGACUUGUUCAAUGUUGGGGUUUUAUUGGAUGAGUGGCGAACAGCCAUAAAUUCAGAACCAAUAAAACCAAGUCAGUCACAAUUGAUCUUGACAAUAGGGGUUCGUUACUUGCCAACAAUUGAAAUGGUAAGUUAUCCAAUCUCCUCCAUAAGUAGGAAUGUUGAUUGGGCGCAUGUUGUGGCAUAUGACUACCAUUUGCCUACCAGGGAGAAUUUUACAGGCGUCCAUGCUGCUUUGUAUAAUCCCUCUAGUCAUGUUAACACAGAUUUUGGCGUCAGGGAAUGGUUGAAUAAAGGAUUUCCACCAACCAAGCUGGUUUUGGGAUUGCCUUACCAUGGAUGGGCAUGGAAAUUGGUGAGCAGCAAAGAUAAUGCUAUUGGUGCACCGGCGUCAGGUCCAGCUAUCACCAUUGAUGGUUCUAUGGGCUACAAAACCAUCAAAUCAUACAUUCGGGAUUACGGUUAUGGAGCUGCUCCUGUAUACAAUGCAACUUAUGUAGUGAACUUGUUCACGUCUCCAACACUUUGGAUCAAUUUUGAUGGUGUAGAGGCGGUCAAAGCAAAAAUUUCCUAUGCAAAGGAGAAAAGGCUUAUUGGUUUUAAAGCGUUUCAUCUUUCAAAUGAUGAGAAUUGGGCUCUAUCGCGGGCAGCUCAAGAGGAAGAAAAUCAAGAAAACAACAAGUGGCUGUUGCUUAAAAUCAUCCUUCCAGUUUCUGUAGUUGUUAUACCGGCAGCUGCUAUGCUGUAUUACUUGCGAAGGAGAAAGGUCAAAUCAAAAGGGGAAAUGGUUUUAAGAAGCGUUCCUAGCCCAAGAAUUAAUACAUCGGCUGCUGAAAAUUUUGGCAGUGAUGCUUCUCAUUUGCUAGUAUUCAGGUUUGCCAACAUGAAAGCGGCUACAAAUAACUUUUCAAGUGCAAAUAAACUUGGAGAAGGUGGUUUUGGUCCCGUGUACAAGGGUAAACUACCAAGAGGUGAAGAAAUAGCAGUAAAGAGACUUUCCAGAUCUUCUACUCAAGGACUUGAGGAGUUCCAAAAUGAGGUUACCUUGACAGCGAGACUUCAACAUGUAAAUCUAGUCAGACUGUUGGGAUAUUGCACUGAGAAGGAGGAAAACAUGCUGAUAUACGAGUACAUGCCAAAUAAAAGCUUAGAUCUCUACCUCUUUGACCCAAUCAAGCGGUAUAUGUUAGACUGGGUAAAGCGUGUGCAUAUCAUUGAAGGGGUCACUCAAGGGCUUUUGUAUCUCCAAGAAUAUUCAAAUAUUACAGUGAUUCAUCGGGAUUUAAAAGCUAGUAACAUUUUACUGGAUGAUGAGAUGAACCCCAAGAUAUCAGAUUUUGGGAUGGCUAGACUUUUCAACAAGGAUUUUUGUGAAGCAAACACUGGAAGAAUUGUUGGAACAUACGGCUAUGUUCCUCCCGAAUAUGUUACAAAAGGAAUAUACUCCAUGAAGUAUGAUGUUUACAGCUUUGGAGUUCUGCUUCUGCAAAUUAUAAGUGGCAAGAGGAAUACAUGUUAUCACGGACCACAUGAGAACUUAAACCUUCUUGAAUAUGCAUACGAGUUGUGGAUUGAUGAUAGAGGCACAGAGGUUAUCGAUCCAUCACUUGAUGAUUCAUCCUCACCUUGUAAAAUCAUGAGAUGUAUGCAUAUCGCAUUGCUCUGUGUCCAAGAAAAUCCAAAGGAUAGGCCAUCCAUGUUAGAAGUGUUCACAAUGCUCAAAAAUGGUUCAAUGGCGGCUAUUACUCCUAAAAGGCCAGCUUUCUCUGUGAAAGAAGAUAAAAAUACAGGAAGUACUUCCGCAUCGCAACAAGGAAUAUGCUCAUUCAAUGAUCCAGAAAUUUCCGAAUUGGAGCCCCGAUAAGAAUGCAGGUUUUUCGAAGAUAGCUUAGCUUGGAUAUAUAACAGUUAAAGGCUUUUUUUUUUCUCCUGAAACGUAUUUUCUGGCAAAAAAUUGUUGAUUUCUUAAUUAAUUGUAAAGUUCUUUUGUCUACAAUUUCAUAGUUAAUUUUCUAAGUUUCUAGCACCUUUGCUCUGGUUUGGUUGGAUGCGUUAGUCCAAUACUUGAAAGUCACAAUAAAAGUACUUGCAAUUAUCUCAAGUCGCUAUACCUUUUUCUAAAAUUUUCUUCUUAAAUAUCAAAGAAGCUUC